AUGACGCCGUCCACGGCCGCGGCCAAGUCGCUGCCCAGUGAGAAGCGCCACGAGGAGCGUCUGGUCCAGAAGCUGCGCGACUUCCAGCGCUCGCAGCCGCCCAACAAGCGCUGCUUUGACUGCAACGAGAUGAUGCCGCAAUACGUCUGUCUGGACUUUAACACAUUCGUCUGCACGGCUUGCAGCGGUAUCCACCGCGAGUUUGCGCACCGCGUCAAGUCCAUUUCCAUGUCCAAGUUUACGGAGAAAGAAGUGCAGGCAUUGACCACGCGCGGAGGCAACGAGGCUGCGCAAAAGUAUUGGAGAAGCAGACACGACCCGACGUUUCGGCCGAAGGGAGGCAACGACGGCGAGCGCACGCGCAACUUUAUCCGGUUGACGUACAUUGAUCGCAAAUGGACAAGCGAGGCUCCCAAGGAUCAAGAAUCAGAGCGAUCGUCGAAAAGCAGCAAGAAGAGAGAGAAGAAAAACGUCAGCGCCGACGUUAUCGUUUCGUCCAGUACAAAGUUGGCAACGUCUACAGCUGAGAGCGGGUUUGGAGACUUUUCCAAGUUUGAAGGCAGCAGUCAAACGGCAGCUACGGUAGCGCGAUCGGACGACGUUGGCAGUUUUGAUGCCCGGGCUCCUGACAACAAGGAUACUGGAGAUUUUACAGAUUUUGGCGACUUUGAGGGAUCAACCGGCAGCCCGCAUACGACUCAGAAGGCAACGUCGAAGAGACAUGCACCUCGGCCGGUGCCGAAAUUUAGCUCGUUCACGAUACCGCCCCCGCCUGGACCAAACUUUCGUGCAUCCAGUGCAAGCACGACGACAGCUACGGAGGAUCUAAUGGGUCUUGGCCCACCGCAGCAAGACAACAACCCGUUCGGAUUUGACGCGCCAGCACCAGCGUCCGACAACAGAAACCACCCGACACCAGCAGACUCGUCUCCGUUUGAUCUCGACGUGCCAGCACCGAGCAGCUGUACAGGCGGCUUCUCCAGCACAGUUUCUCUGGACCCGCUGAGCGACAUGGCAGCCGCAGCCUCGCCAGCAAAGUCCACGCAGAGCAGUUCGCCGUUUGAUGCAUUCGACCCCCCGUCCGUGCCAUCCUCUUCUAUAUUUGAUGCGUUUGCAGCUCCCUCACCGGCGAGCAGCAACGCAUUCGAGGCGCUUGGCGGAGGUGGAGACGCGUUCGGGGAUUUCACGGGCUCCACCAGCUCGUCGCGAAUCGACUCGGCUUUGGACCCUUUUUCGAGCACGGCCACGAAACCUGCUCCUCCUGCUAGCGCUGCCGAUCCAUUUGCAGCUUUUGACGAUACGCGGUCGAGCAGUGGAGCUGCACCGAAUGUAGGAAGUGCGGCUUCCGCAUUCGGGCCAUCAGCAGGUUUCCCAGGGUACAACAGCGUCAGCCUGCAGCAGUCGGUGAUGGAGGAUCCAUUCGGGUUUGUCAGCGGCACAGGCAACAGCAGCGGGUUUCCAGUACCUCAGCAGCAGCAGCAGCAACAGCAACACAGUGGCCCAACUGGCCAACUGUUUGGCGGGUUUUCACAGCAGCAACAGCUCUACAAUGCUUAUGGUGGGCAAACGCAGCAGCAGCCGAUGCAACCACUUCUGCAGGGACACCCGCUACAAGACCAGCAGCAAUGGUACGGACAGCACCAAGGGUCUUGCGGUCAGCAGCAGUUGGUGCAGUCAACGGGACAGCAGUACAAUGGACAGUUUUCGCCGUACCUUGUCAAGAGUGCUCAUCCUGCGCCAGUUCCAGUAAAGGCCCCUGCGCCAGUGGCCGCGAUCAACGAUCCUUUCGCCGCGCUCAACCUUGGCAAUCUUGGAUUUGGUGGCACAAACGAUAGCACGUCUGCAGCCCGUACACGUUCGGGCGGCGCGGCCAAUUCGGCACGUGCAAAUCAAUCGAGGGCGAGUGCUGCGUUCGGAGCUGCUGCGUCAAUGACUACUGUGGGUUCAGGAUCGUCGUCUUACCCACAGCCACAAGCUCGAAUGAAUGCCACGAUGCCACAUUCUACGCCAAACAACGUCGCAGUGGAUGCGUUUGGCGACUUUGCAAGUGCAGCCGAUCCGUCGCAGACGACGGGGUCUACCACCGCUAACCCUUUCGACUUGUUCUGA